AUGCGGCUGUCAGCCAUCGUGACCGCGCUCUUCGCCUCCGCGGUCCUCGCCAGCGACGAGGAAGCGCACCUUGAGCGCCGCGCCGCCGCGACCUGCGGCACUGUCUCGUAUUCAGCUUCCGCCGUCACCGCUGCCUCCCAGCGCGCCUGCAGCAAUGCAGCCAGCGGGAACACUCCCGGUGGUUAUCCUCAUCAGUUCAAUAACCGCGAGGGCUUCGUCUUCGCCACGAGCGGACCGUACCUGGAGUUCCCGAUCAUGAAGAGCGGUUCUAUUUACACUGGUGGUUCUCCUGGUCCUGACCGCGUCAUCAUCACCAAGUCCGGCUGUAAAGAGGCCGGCCUAAUCACCCACACUGGUGCUCAAGGCAAUGCCUUUGUCACGUGCAAGUAA